AUGGAAUAUACUGAAGAAACCCGAGCCGAGAAAGGUGAAAUCGGAUUCGAAAUGGACGAAAACGAGGCAUUCAUAAACUUAGGACCCGACGACGUAGGCAUUGGUGAAAACGACGAAGGCAUUGGUGUUGAAAAGACCGAGCCUAAAGCACUCGAACAGGCAUGUAAGACCUGGAUGAAAAAGGUCGAAAAGUUUAAAAACGUAACUAAAAAGUCUGAAGUCUGGAUAAAGAAGACUGAAGAGUUCAAGGUGAUGGUUAAAGACCGAUAUGAGCCAGAAGCCCCAAGAGAAGACCAAGAACGACCAAUGCGAUUACUCCAAGGUCUGAGGAAUGAGCCCCAAGAAUUGAAUGCGACGAAUAGCACUCAAACUAAAGAAGAGAUGUGUGCAUACGAACCCAAGAAGAAAUCCUGGUUAGAAAGGCUCUUUGAAAGAAAAAUUGUAAUCGAAACGAUAGUACGUGAAACUCUCCGAUACUUACCAACGCAAUGGUCAUGCACUCUGAUCUCCGAUCCUGGAGGAAAACAUAGCCAAAAGAACUCUCAAUCGUAUUCUAUGAAGCUCCGACCCGACCUCCGCCUAUACGCCAUUCGAAUUUUAUACCUGGAGUCGCUUACUUCAGUCGCUUCAGUCACUUCAGUUACUUCACUUAGUGGAUUAUCGAUGGUUAAUGAACAAGUUUCGCUAUUACUUAAAGACAAUUCUUUUAAUUCUUUGGAGGAGCUUGCAGAUAUAAAUUUAUUAGACGAUAAAAUGGAUUCAUUAGUAGAUGAAGAACGUGACAUUGAUAUUUCAAACAUGGUAGAAAUAUUGUUUUCGCAUUCAGAAAUGUUUUUGCCUGCUAUUAACAUUAAUAAUUAA